AUGUCUCUCCAGAUAAACAGCGUAUCAUUAGUGACAGGCGCUGGCAGUGGUAUCGCCAAGGUAAUCGCCCUCACCUACUCCGUAGAAGGAGCCCGGGAUGUAGUUAUAGCCGAUUUGAACUACAAGGCAGCACUCCAGACAGCACAGGAAAGUGAAUUGAUAGCAACGAACCCCACCUACCGGCCACAUGCCGUGGCUGUUGAUGUGACCGACACAGAAAGUGUCAACUACAUGGUCACAGCAGGGUCAAUGUGA